CCGUAUUUCUAGAGAAAUCGAUCGCUUCACAUGAGAAAUAGGUUUUGAUUGAGUUAUUGAGUAAUUGUUUGUCUAUUGAUUGCACUCACGAGGCAUACACACCAACGAAGAUGUCUUUCAUUGGAUUCAAUGACAUGGACGAUAUGUUCGGACGAAUGGACCGAAUGAUGGCAUCGAUGAUGACAAACAUGACAAACAUGAACGACAUGUUAGGAAGGGAUCCGUUCGGACCCGCCUUCCCGAUGCUCGCCUUCAACCCGGCAAUGGAUCCCAUGUCGCGACUCAUGCCUUCACCCGUUAUGUUCCCGACGUCUUCGAUGUCCUUCAGUCACCACAUGAGCCCUCAGUAUUCCUCUUACAGCACGUCUUCGUCGGUGAUCUCAAUGUCCACAGAUAUGAGCGGAAGGCCACAGAUCUACGAGUCGUCGCACUCAAGUCGCGCGGGUCCGGGAGGGGUGAGGGAGACGACGAGCAGUGUUCGCGACUCACGCAGUGGUCUCCAGAAGAUGUCAAUCGGGCGUCACAUCGAAGACAGGGCUCAUGUGAUGGAGAGGACGCGCAACCAAUACACCGGAGAUGAAGAGCACAACAAUGAGUACAUUAACAUAGAGGAGGAGGAGGCGCCGCAGUUCAACACAGAGUUCAGUGAACGCAUGGGUGCCUACGGACACCACUACCGACGCCCGCAACUGACGGCCUCGUCGUCCAGCCGCGGACCACCAAUGCUGGCCCUCCCGGCGCCCACCACUCGCCACUCGUCAGCCGAUGCCUCACCUCAUUCUCAUAGAUCCGAGAAAACGCAUCGAAACCACAAAAUGUCUCUGAGACAUUUUGUGGUUUCGAUGCGUUUUCUCGGAUCUAUGAGAAUGAGGUGA